GUUUUAGUUUACAGUUUACAGAUUAAAAAAAUGGUGUUGUGUUGUUUGAUUUUGACUGUACUACUGUUUGUUUGUUGAUUUUGUAUUGGAUUUCAACAAGAAAAUAACAUUGUUAUGACCAUGGGUUUUGUUUUGACGAGGUUUUAACUGAUCUAUCAGUAUAAUUCACUUUCUUAAUUCAUUUUUGUGAAAAAGUAUGUGCAAACUGAUGAUAGGCGUGAUAAUAUUGGUGGUUCUCAGUUUUCCUAUUAUGAUUUAUUUUACUUUCACUAAAAAUAAAUGAUAGAGACGUAAAAAAAAGUGAUUUUAAAUUUUGCACAUCAACGUAAGAUACUUAUUUAAACUUGUCAUUGAAUUAGUGAAAAAAAAACUAUUAAAAUUAGAACUCAAGCUCUUUGAGUGUUCGAUUGUUGUCAUUUAAAGUUUGUGUUAUAAAAAACCUAAUUUUGAAUAAAAAAAAUGGUUGAGCCUGCAAAACCGUUUGCCUGUACGCUUCCCGAUUGCGGGAUGUCUUUCACAAAUGAAGAUCAUCUACAUGUUCAUAUAAAAAAACACGAUAUGGUUCUACAGCUUGGCUUGGUUGAACAGAAAGCUGCUUUUGUAGCGGAUCAAACACCGACACCGACCCGGUUUAUACGGAACUGCGAAGAGGUUGGGCUGUUUCAGGAUCUACAGAAUGUGGCUGCGAAUCCCUUUGAUGAAGGCUUCAAACGCGCUAUGGAAGCUAAACAAGGCAUUUUGUCUUUGGAAAGCACAAUGGGUAAUACAGAUGAUGUCUUACAUACACCACAGAUGUUCCCACUGCUGGACAGUGCGGAGUCUACCCUUUUCACUAAUAACCAGAGGAAUACCACCAUAAGUCGAUCAUCUAGCGAUGAAUCUGGUACCAUAAAGGAAUUUGAGACAAGAACAAUAUCGAAAUUGACUAAUGAGGUCAUAACUAUUAGUAGAAUAGUCAAUAACACACAGAAUGGAGACAUCAGUGUUAAACAAACUGACAUAGCAACUAAAAUAGAGAGCAAUAUUGUUAGGAAGGACACUGACGGGUCUAAACCUGUGCUAGUAUACACCGAUACUGUCACAAAAGAUACGGCUCAAGUUAAUAAAGACAUUGUCAUAGAUAACAACAAGCUAUAUGUUGACAAAGUGCCAAUAAUGAGCCAAAAAUCAAUAGAUUUUGUUGUAGAUAGUCUUACUUCAGAUUUAGGAGCGACAGUCAACCAUACUGUCAUUGAUGGCAACGAUAAAAAAAGACAAGAAAGCAAAAUAGAAGCCAAAAUAAACAUAACGACACAAUCACCAAGCAAAGAUGCGAAACUAGCCAAAAGAUUUGUGGUUCAACCGAAAAUAUUGCCUAAAGAAGAUGUUAAACCCGAACCGGAAACAGGAGAUUAUGAAGUUAUUAUAAAACUGCCUAACGGCAAACAUGUUAAGAUGAAGCCAGUUGACGAAAAACCUGACGCUAAAGUUUGUCUACGUAAUAGUAUAGCUAAAAGAACUGUUAAAAAUACACCAACGAAAUUGCCCAUAAUAGUCAAAAAAACAGUCCCUAAUGUUGUUAAAAUACCUUCAGGUACUUUGAUACCUGUUACCUUAGUCGACCAGCAAGGUACGCCCCUAUCAAAUGAUGAUUUGAACAAGGUACCAAUAACAAAAAUAGGUGAUGUAAAAGACAUUACUACUCUAACAAAGAUUCCAGUCAACGUAGCUAAGAAUGCAAAUGCUAGUAACAUUAUCAAAAUUAAUGCCAAAUCUGUUAAUAGACCUACAACUGGCAUUAAAGCUUCAAUAACACCUUUGCCUGAUAGUUGUAAUAUAAAAGUAAGUCAGCCGUACCAAAUAGAUAAAGAGACAGGAAAAAGAAAAUUGGCGCCAACAACACCUACAAAUCAAGAAGAAAUAGAGAAAAGAAUCCAAGGAGAUUGUAUAGAAAAUAAUGAUGACGAUGAUUGUGUUAUAGACAAUGUAUCUCAAAGCCCCGAAAUGGUCAAAAGGACAAGGUUAGAACUGGAAAGUAGGUGUGCAGCUUCCAGACGAUAUAGAGAACGAUUAAAAGAUGCAAUGAAGAAACAAACUGAAGAGAACAGGCUACUGAGAGAGGCUAAUGAAAGACUAAUUGCAGAGAAAUCUGUGCUAAAACUGCUUAUAACUGAACACAUGAAACGAUGUCCCAACGCAGCUGACAUAGUGGACCGGCUAAAUGUGCUUACACAUGGGCAGAUGUUAUGAUAAGAAAUGAUGUGGAUCAAAUAUGGACCCAAUGCAAUGUUAUUUAUUUAAUAAUAAUACAAACAUACACAAGACAUUUACAGGAAAAAAAUUAAGGUGGACAAAGGCGGCCUUAUCGCUAAGAGCGAUCUCAGACAACCUUAACUUGUCAUAAGUUCAUGACACAUCAUACUUAUGACUAUAUCCCAAUUGGGGUAGCCAGAGGUGCAUCCAUCGCAAGAUGAACUAAGUACCCACGUAUCACCGAUCUUUCUGUUAGACCAACGUGAUAGAUAGGUGGUGAGCCGUAUCGCCGUCUAUAUACUACUGGAUAUAUUAUUUAGUGUUUACUGCUUGUGCCUAAUGGGAAUGUGAUACCUGUGUUGGCAGACAUAAAUUUUAUUUUAGUUCGUCAGUUUAUCUUAAUCCUACGUUUUUUUUUUGCUUAUUUUAUUCGUAAAACAGGCAAAGGGAACAUAGCUUCAUAUUCCAUCGUGUUAGGAGUUUCAUACAUCCCAUUCGAGUCCGAGAAUGACAAGUAGCCGUACCAUGGAAUCCGCAUAUCUCGCGCGACGCGAUAAAAACUAACGAACGAUAAAUCAAACCGACCGAUAACCGUUUGUGUUGUUCGUAUGGUGUUACCAGACCAAUCAACCGAUCGACGGUAUCGAUCCCUGGUGGAAUGGAUUAGUAGACGUCGAUCGAUAGUUUCUACCAGACCUAUCGAUCAACGUCGAGCAAUGGGAUCGAUCGAUUGGUUUGUCGAUGAACGGUAUACGUCAAUUAAAGCUACCAAACCAGUCGAUCAACUUCUAUCGAUAACUAUCUAUCGAUUGUUUUAGAUUUACGCGGUUAUUAUCAUAAUUAAAACACAUAAUAACGGGUUCUUACCGUGUUUAAAUCAGGGAUAUAAGACUGCCGAUAUUUCGACACUGUUGCAAGUGCCACGAGUGUUGAGUGUCGAAAUAUCGGGAGUCUCAUAUCCCUGAUUUAAACGCGGUAAGAACCCGUUAUUAUGUGUUUUAAAUAUCUAUGGAUUGGUCUGUUAACACCCUUUAAAUAACUUCGUGCUCGAUACGCGGAUUCCACGUUACGGCCACAGGGGCUUUUUAUUAUUUCAGUAUGAUACAAAGUACUCUGUGGGCUUUAUUUUUGAAUUCCUCGCGUGAGUUGAAGUCACGUACGAAAAUUAUAUACCCAUUUCACGUAGCAUAUCGGAACUUGUAAUUUGCAAGACUAGAUAGGUAUAUAUAUAUUUUCGCAAGUGAACUAAAUGCGAGCGAUUGAAAAAUAAAGCAGUAUGUCUUGAUUCGAGAUAUGGGAGAUGAUUCGACUAUCGCAAGAGAUAUUUACUUGAACAUUACGAUAGUAGAAUCCGGCAGCCACAUCCGGAAAUCGGAUAGAAACCUGGCAUGUAUUGCCGCUCUUCAAUAAGGGACUUUCCUGGCUACAUUCACCAAAAACAAUAUAGAUGGCGUUGAACAGCUUCAACGUGAUAAUUAUUUUUUUUCUCAUUACUUGGGUACAUAAUUAUUAAAAACUACAUUGGCCCCGAUUCCUGCAGACACCGCCUAAUUUUAUUUUAAGUUAUAUCCGUCAUUUUCAUAUCCGUCGAAAAGGAAAGGGACGGAUGAUUCACAGCUCUUAAUUUUAGGAAGAAUGAGUGAAUGAAUGAAUAACCCGGGCGAAUCAAAAGGUACGUCGCUGGUAUGCAAUCCGUUUGACGUGCUGUCUACUUAACUGUGACGGGUUAUUGACGGAUGUAAAAUUUUUAGACGGUUGGUUUAGAUUUGUGCUUAAAAUUGACGUGUGUUCCAUAAAUUUUAUGCUUGUCGAUUACCCGUCCCUUUCCUUUUCGGCGGAUAAGAAAAUGACAGAUAUAACUUAAAAUAAAAUUAGAUGGUAUUUACAGGAAUUAGCACCAAUGUAGUGGUAAAAAAAUAAUUUAUAAUAAUAAUUGAUGUUGAUAUUUGGAUCACAUUAUGUAUAGAAUUAUGUUGCUAUCUCUAUUUUAUAAGAAUAAUAAUGGAUAGAAGAUGUAAUUGAAAGGAUGUAAUAAAAAGGGUCAUCAUUUAUACUCAAAUACAAAGAUAAAACAUGCAUAAUAAGUGUUAUCCAUGAAAUCAGAAAGUUAAACGAAGGAAAAUCCGUACAGCGCCAUCUAUAUUGUUUUUGGGGAACGUAGCCUGCAAAAGUCGCUCAUUUCAUCAGCUUAGAAAUAGUAUUGUACCAAAGACUUUGUGAAUAUUGUAUGAAAAUAAAUAAAAGUUUUAUGUUUAUAA